AUGGCGGAUCUCAACGUAGACGAGGUGCUGAAGAAGCUCACCUUGUCCGAGAAGGUGGAUCUGCUCUCAGGCAUUGACAUGUGGCAUACCAAGGCAUUGCCUCAUCAUGGGAUUCCUUCAGUACGGACUUCUGACGGCCCAAAUGGUGUUCGAGGAACCAAGUUCUUUAAUGGCGUGAAGGCAGCAUGUUUCCCCUGUGGAACAGGGCUUGGAGCCACAUUCAAUGUCGAGCUCUUGGAGGAGGCCGGAAAGUUAAUGGCCGACGAGGCCAAAGCCAAGGGAGCGCACGUCAUUCUCGGUCCCACCAUCAACAUGCAGCGAUCGCCGCUCGGCGGGCGUGGCUUUGAGUCCAUUGGCGAAGACCCAUUCUUGGCUGGUCUUGGAGCCGCGGCUCUUGUCCGGGGUAUUCAGUCCAAAGGCAUCCUGGCCACGAUCAAGCACUUUGUUUGCAACGACCACGAGCACAAGCGCAAUGCUGUCCAGGCCAUGGUUACAGAGCGAGCUCUGCGCGAGAUCUACGCGCUCCCUUUCCAGCUUGCAGUGAAAGGCUCCCAGCCGGCCGCAUUCAUGACGGGCUACAAUGGCGUGAACGGCACAUAUUGUAGUGAGAAUGACAAGUUGCUUGACAAGAUGCUCCGCACAGAAUGGGGGUGGGAGGGACUCGUGAUGAGUGAUUGGUGGGGAACGUAUAGCACAACAGAAGCUGCCAUAGCAGGACUAGAUCUGGAAAUGCCAGGACCAACACGAUUCCGUGGUGAUGCCCUCAAAUUCAAUGUCCAGACAGACAAGGUACGAGAGCACAUCAUCGACGACAGAGUAAGGACUCUCCUCGAGUUUGUCAAGAGAAGUUACGAGAGUGGCGUCGAAGAGAAUGCCCCGGAAAAGACUCUGGAUACGCCAGAGACAGCAGCACUCCUCCGAAAGAUUGGCAACGAAGGCAUCGUUCUCUUGCAGAAUGAGAAGAACGUGUUGCCUUUGAAAAAGGACAAGAAGACCGUCGUCAUUGGACCCAAUGCAAAGAUUGCUACCUACCAUGGAGGUGGUUCUGCUUCUCUUGCAGCUUACUAUGCAGUCACCCCAUUCGAUGGUAUCAAGGAGAAACUAGGCAAGACUCCCGAAUACACUGUUGGCCAAUACUCACACCUGAUGCUGCCGCCUCUGGGCUUCUCGACCAAGUCUCUCAAUGGAAACGAUGGAAUGACCAUGAGAUUUUACAACGAGGCACCAGACGUUACCGGAAGGAAGGCCUUUGACGAGCUCGAGAUUCUCAAGACUGACAACUUCCUCAUUGACUAUGAGCACCCGGAUCUCAAGUCGGAGCUUUUUUAUGCCACACUGGAAGGCACAUUGACUCCUGAUGAAGACUGUACCUAUGAGUUCGGUCUCGUCGUGUGCGGUAGUGGCAACCUCUACGUUGACGGAAAGUUGGUUAUCGAGAACACCACCAAGCAGACGCUGGGCAGUUCAUUCUUUGGAUGUGGCACGGUGGAGGAGAAGAGCUUUUACGAGGUCAAGAAGGGACAAUCAUACCAGAUCAAGGUCGAGUUUGGAUCGACCCCAACGUCAAAGCUCGGCGAUCAGGCUGUGCUCAUGCGAGGUGGUGCUGUCAGACUCGGCGGUUGCAAAGUGAUCGACCCCAAAGCCGAGAUUGAACGUGCUGCAGCUCUUGCCAAGGAUGCCGACCAAGUCAUUGUUUGCGCCGGACUCAAUGCUGACUGGGAGACUGAAGGCGCAGACCGGGAGCAUAUGGCUCUCCCUCCUGGUAUGGAUGACUUGAUAUCCGCCGUCGGAAAAUCCAACUCCAACACGGUCGUCGUACUGCAAUCCGGCACACCCGUGGAGAUGCCUUGGAUCAAGGACGUCAGUUCCGUGGUCCAGGCCUGGUACGGAGGCAACGAGACUGGAAACACCAUUGCCGACGUGCUGUUUGGCGACGUCAACCCGUCAGGAAAACUAAGUCUGAGUUUCCCAGUUCGUGGAUCAGACAACCCGGCAUUCCUCAACUACCGCACAGAGGGAGGCCGCGUGCUCUACGGCGAGGACAUUUACAUUGGCUACCGCUACUACGAGUUUGCCCAGCGCCCGGUUCUUUUCCCUUUUGGACACGGCUUGAGCUACACCACAUUUGCCUUUUCAGACUUGUCCAUUUCCGAAAAGGAAGGCAAACUCCGCAUUGACGUUCGCAUCGAAAACACGGGUGAUAUCCGUGGUGCCGAGGUGGCGCAGGUGUACGUCGCACCCAAGCAGAAAUCCAAGGUCAACCGACCGGUCAAGGAGCUCAAGGGCUUUGCAAAGGCUGAGCUAGGACCUGGAGAGAGCAAGGUCGUCACCGUCGAGCUCGACGCCAAGUAUGCCGGCGCCUACUGGGAUGAAGAGCGUAACAAGUGGUGUGUCGAGGCUGGAGAAUACGAGAUUAUUGUGAGUGACAGCAGCGAAGUCAAGGACGCCAAGGCAGUCAAGGCCUCGUUCAAGGUACAAAAGACGACCUGGUGGUCUGGGCUGUAG